AUGGCAAUGGUUCGUUCCUGCAAAGCCGCUUCAUGGGCCAUGUUCCAUUCGACCUCUCAUCGACGCGACACGUCAGAAACGAAACGCAAACCGCCCAAUGAGUAUGAGCUGCGGAUAGGUCAUGCCAUCACUACCUUGCAAGACGAUCUUCCCCAGUUUUUCGCUUCCGGCUUAACAGAACAUACUAUCUAUGCCAACGAUAUCGUAUUGACCGACCCUCACUAUACGCGAAUUUCGGUUCACGGCCGUACCGCUUAUUUAGGCAUAGCACAAAUGCUAAGGUGGAGUCUGCGACUUUAUUUUGAUGAUAUUCAACUGGAGAUUGUGCGAAUGCGAGUGCUUCCGGAAAGUCACGAUCCCGACGAUUUUUCCGACAACGAUGACGGUUCAAAAACCAUGAUGAUAAAACACACACACAAACUGCUUCCAAUAGCAGAUUCAAACAGAUUAACCUAUUCACCGCUGAGCGAUAUCGAUAAGCAAGCGUCGUCGCAUGUGCGGUACCUACAGGUACGAUGGCGGUUAGAGGGAGUACGCCGAUCAUCGCUUGGAUUAGGACGUAUCCUUGGUUUGAAUGCCAUGGGAGCGGUACGUCACGUAGAAGGCGUUUUUCUAUACACAUUUGAUAACCAGGGCUACAUUGGUGAGCAUCGAAUCCAACGAAUUCUUCCACCUCCAAGUCGACGGAUCUUGCUUCUUCACUCCAUAGGUGGCCGAAUCCGUGCCUACUGGGAAGCAUUGAAACGUCGCAGAGAACCUACCCUAUCGCCACUCGUAUAA